UUAUACCCUGACGUGUCGUUGAAAUAAAUAUUGCUGUGGUUUUUCUAAUAUAUCGAUAUGUUUCACUUAGAAUAACAAAUAAAACGAUAGCCAAUAGUGGGAGACACUCGUACAAAAUGGAUUUCUUAAAAAGUGGACUGAAAACGGUGCUCGGGGCACCCGAACCUGGACAACAGCCGUCGGUUGCUGAAACGGUGGAAAGGCUUGUGGAACGAGCAAGUAAUUCUACUUUGCUUGAAGAUCGCAGAGAUGCUUGCAGGGCAUUGAAGGCCAUGUCCAGGAAGUACCGCCUAGAAGUUGGUGCUCAGGGCCUCGACACAUUGAGACAGAUUUUAGAACUUGACAAGGCUGACAAUGAAACAGUUAACUAUGCACUGGACACUCUCAACAAUAUUGUGUCACCUUCACAAUUCGAAGAGGAGGAAGAUAAGCCUCACAUACCGAUGAAUAUUGGUGAUCAAUUCACAGAAAUGUUUAUAAAGGAUCCACAUAAUAUACAACUACUUCUAGACCUCUUAGACGAAUAUGAUUUUCGAGUCAGACUCUCUACUGUACAGCUUUUAAUAUCUCUAUUAACCAAUAGGACUAAAGAUAUACAGGAAAUUAUUCUCGACAAACCGAUGGGUGUCUCUAAAAUGAUGGAUCUUCUAUCAGAUAAUAGAGAGGUGAUCAGAAACGAAACUCUUCUAUUACUAAUUAAAUUAACAAAAGGGAAUGCCAAUAUCCAGAAAAUAGUCGCUUUCGAAAACGCAUUCGACAGACUGUUCGAAAUAUUGUGCACCGAAGGUUACUCUGAUGGUGGAAUAAUAGUCGAAGAUUGUCUUUUGCUUAUGCUCAAUUUGUUGAAAAAUAACAGCAGUAAUAUUAACUUUUUCAAAGAGGGUAGUUACAUACAGAAGAUGCUCCCAAUGUUCAACAUUCCCGACAACUCCGAAGAAGCCGGCUGGUCUCCACAGAAAGUGUCAAACGUACACUGCAUGCUGCAACUGGUCAGGACAUUGGUCUCUCCGAGCAACUCCGCUCAGAUCGUUUCAAACUGUCAAAAGAUAAUGAACAAUGCGGGACUUUUGAAUGCGUUGUGUAACAUUCUAAUGGCAAGCGGCGUCCCGGCGGAUAUCUUAACGGAAACUAUAAAUACCGUGGGCGAAGUGGUCAGAGGAGACGCGACCAACCAGGAGUUCAUCGGGACCGUGAUCGCCCCCUCGUACCCGCCGCGGCCGGCCAUCAUAGUGCUCCUUAUGUCGAUGGUCAAUGAGAAGCAACCGUUUCCCCUAAGGUGCGCUGUACUCUACUGCUUCCAAUGCUACCUCUACCGCAACGAGGUCAGCCAAGCGAACCUGGUCCAAACUCUCCUGCCGUCUUCCACUGACGUGUCCAGCCUCACCAGCGGGCAGAUCCUUUGCGGAGGCCUCUUUUCGUCCGACCUCCUCUCCAACUGGUUCUCAGCGGUUGCUCUCAUGCACGCUCUCAUAGACAACACGACUCAGAAAGAGCAGCUGUUGAGGGUGCUACUCGCUACCAACAUCGGAAGUACCCCCGUAUCGUUGUUGCACCAGUGUACGUUGUUGUUGCAACAAACGACCAAGUUACAGUCAAAGGUGGCGCUGCUGAUGCUGCUGGCGCAGUGGACGGCGCACUGCCCGGCCGCCGUGGCGUGCUUCCUGCGCGCCAGCGGCGCCGUCGCCUGCCUCGUCAACCACACGAGCUGCAACGAGCACGACGACAACGACUGCCUGCUGCAGGGGCUGUCGGCGUUCCUGCUGGCCAUCUGCAUCCACUUCAACGACGACUCGGUGCCGAGCCAGUCGGCGGACUCGCUGCGCCAGCUGCUGCUGAAGCGCGUGGGGCUGGAGACGUUCACGGCCAAGCUGGGCGAGGUGUCGCGCCACGAGCUGUACAACCGCGCCGCCAAGCACCCGCAGCUGCGCGGCGCCGCGCCCGCCGACGUGCUCGUCGACUACGAGUUCUGCAGGCUCUUCAAGAGCCUCGAAGGCGUUCUCAUUCAGAGUGUACAGAUGAAACAGGAGAACGGAGUGAACGAGGAGAGGCAGUCGUCCGAGGCAGACCUGCAGCAGUACAAGCAGGUUAUUCGCUUGCAAGACGCCCGUCUCAGCGAGCUGCUGCAGCAGCUGGAGGCGCUGGCGGGGCAAGCCGCCUCGCUGCAGAGCGCUUUGAAUGAUUCAUUGGCAGCUAACUCUCUUCUCAAGGACGAGAACACGCUACUCAAAGCCCAAGUAUCUGCUAAUUCCUUGCCACAAUCACAACCUAACCUGGUUCAACCACCGGACCCUAGAAUUGGCGAGUACGAGGCUAGGAUACAGCAGCUCACAGAUGAAGUGACACGGUUGACCAGAGAUCUAAAUGUGGUUAGAGAGAGUCAGAAGAAUUCCGCUGAGGAGUUGGAGAAAAUGAAGAAGGAUCAAGAUGAUUUGUUAGAGUUGCUCGCUGAUCAGGAUUUAAAACUUAACGAAUAUAACAUGAAACUAUUGAGUAUGGGAUCUUCAAUCGAGGAAGACAAUGUCAUAGAACCAGAAGAAAACUCAACGUAGUGCUGCCAGUUAUGAAUAAUGCGUUAUGAAUAAGAUUAAAGACUAGUGCUCUAAAAU